AUGCCCUGGUUUCUGACACUCUUUGCCAGCAAGACGCCCAUGAGGCCUGCAGAGACGUGCAAAAUCUUACAGGGUCUGAAGAAAGUAGUUUCUUCCUGCCAAUCCUUUUUCCUCCAUCUUGCCAUCUUUUUCCAGAGCCUCUUCAGGCUGGCCAUCCAGCUCUGGGACCGGCUCCUCGAACGAGGCGAGCCGCACUUCAUCAUCUUCCUCGCUGCUGCUGCUGCGGGCUUGGGGGCGUGCUGGCUCCUUGAUAGCUCACACUUGGCUCCUUGUGUGGCAAGCCCAGUGAAGUCAUGCGAAGUCUAUAAGGUCCUGGCCUUGGCGGAGAAGGCUCGCAGAAUCUCGCAGAAGCAAAGGGGCUUGGGUCUUGUCAAAGUGUGCAAAAGAGUGGGGAAAUUGCGAAAAUUGCCGGAACACCUGCCUCGAGAAUUUUUCGAGUCACGUCCAGUGUUUCAGAGCUCCGGUGCGGAGGAGAUCCUGACUGCAGACCGGAGUGCUCUGCCAGAGAUUCUAACCUCUUUGGGCAUUGACCUGAGAACUAGACCAUGCACACGUUGCCCGUCCAGCAGUGCAGUUGUGGUCACACGGUCAGUGAUGCGCUCAGGUGUCAAUUCCCGUGAAGAUCUGGAGAGCACUCCCGGCAUGAGCAGUGGCCGAUGCAGGGUCAUGUGGGCGCGUGUCGCGGGGCGCGCGUGUCGCGGGGCGCGCGUGUCGCCUGCGCGAUUCAGAAAUUGGCCAGGGUUCAGGAAACCAGGACUCAGGAAACCAGGCGAAUGUUGA